UGUGGGAGGAGAGCAGAGGGGUGAGGACUAGACUUCACCAUUCUCGCGUAUUUUAAUUGACUUUAGAAAUCUACUGACUUGGUUUGCUGCGGAUUGGCACAAGCUUCGUUUUAAACUAACCCACGACCCAGUUGUAUUCAAGCAUAUUUUGUUUGAAGUAUGUGAUUCGAUUUGUGUUAAAUUACCCUGCAAUUAAAACAGUACUGUGCUCCCCCCCCCAUCCUGCACUGAACGCAAGCGCCGCGGUGCUGAUCACACACAGCACUUACCGGAGACGCGUCGCGGUCCUGAUCACACACAGCACUUACCAGAGACGCGUUGCGGUGCUGAUCACACACAGCACUUACCGGAGACGCGUCGCGGUGCUGAUCACACACAGCACUUACCGGAGACGCGUCGCGGUGCUGAUCACACACAGCACUUACCGGAGACGCGUCGCGGUCCUGAUCACACACAGCACUUACCAGAGACGCGUUGCGGUGCUGAUCACACACAGCACUUACCGGAGACGCGUCGCGGUGCUGAUCACACACAGCACUUACCGGAGACGCGUCGCGCAGCUCCUGUGUGUCACUCCACUGUGGAUGAAAUAAAGAGAUCCGCCGAGUUGAAAUAAACAGAACUGAAGAGUGACGUGCAGCUCCGGGUCCGAGAGAGCAUGGCAGCGGCGCAGACUCAACAAGGACUGCUCACUGCGGAGCAGACCAAAGUGGUCCUGGCGGAGGUGCUCAAGGCGCUGGGCUCCCCUGACAGCGAGGCUCGCCUGCAGGAGGCUCGCGAGAGCGCCUGUAAUGACAUGGGGAAGAUGCUGCAGUUCGUGUUGCCCGUGGCGACCCAGAUCCAGCAGGAAGUCAUCAAGUCGUACGGCUUCAGCAAUGACGGCGAAGGCGUCCUGAAAUUUGCCCGGCUCGUGAAGGUGUAUGAGACUCAGGACCCCGAGAUUGCUGCCAUGUCACUCAAACUGAAAUCCCUGUUCCUGCCGCCCAUGACACCCCCGCCCCUCGGGGGAGGAGUCCCGUCGUCCUAGGGACAGAGGGAGGAGUCCUCACAGCAGUCCCGUCUCCAGCGCGGUGCCUGUCUCCCCCUCCUGUCCUGUCGCUGUCGCUCCUCUCGCUCUCCGCAGCGGCCCUGACAUUUCCUUUGUUUAAAUUUCCUUUCAUUGCUGUUUUAUAUUAAACUCACUGAAUCUGU